AUGCCGAAUGAGGUUUGGGGAGGGACGUUGUUCUGGUGCAAUCUCGCGGUAGAAGAUAAGCGUCUUUCUUUCGUAGCGUAUGAUCAAAGUACGUUCAACCGGUAUAGUUACUGGGUUGUCCAUGAUAAUGGGCUUUAUGGACAAGUAGCCAGCACUGAACGUUUUAUUCGUGUGUGGAGACGAAUUUGGCUACCUUAG